AUGACCGCGCCCCCGACGGCGGUGGCGAUCACCGAGGAUUUCCUCUUGGAGCAUGUUGGAGUGUACGACAUCGUCGGCACCAAAGAGCUCAUGCUUCGCGACGAAGGUAUCGACAGAUUGGACCAACGGUGCGCGACACAGCUCGUGUCGUUGGAGCUACUGUCGCUGUCCCACAACAAGCUGCAGUCGUUGGAGCACUUUCAGCACCUCGUCAACCUCGUCGAGCUCAAUGUAAACUUCAAUCAAAUCUCGUCUUUGGACUCGUUGCAGUGCUUCGGACUGCAAAAACUCUACGCAGCCAACAACAAGCUCACGUCCAUGGCGCACCUGCGGUCGUUUCCACAUCUCGUGCAUGUGUCUGUGUUUGGCAACCAACUCGGCGAUUUGGAUGAUGCCAUGCAAACGUGCCGCCAUCUCCUCAAACUCCGCGGUUUGGAUUUGGACGGCAACCCCUGUGCCCGCGUCAAAGGCUACAAGUACCACGUGCUGCGUCGACUGCCCCGGUUGAAGGAGCUCGACGGUGACACCAUCCACGCACUGGAUCGAGAAUUGAUGCACGAUCAACAGCAGCACAGCCUCGUCCCUGGCUUCCGCCCGUCCACGGCCCCCCCCGCCCCCCCUAUCGUUUCGAACUCGGCGAGUCUCCGCCACUUGUCGUCUCGAAGCUCGUUAGUUGACAACGGCGACUCGUUGCGGGGACCAGUGCACCUCUUUCGCGACGAUUUUCUUAACAACAACCCGAUUUUGCUCGAGUAUCUCGCCCAAGGCGUGGACGAUGCUCAUAACGCAGCGCAUGACUACUCGCCAACGUCCGAGCUCCGGUCUACAUGUCCAGACGCUGUCGCAGCCCUCGCCACUGCUUCCACAUUCGUGGACAGGAUGCGUCUGGCGAACCCAGACCCGACGCCUGACGCUCUUGUGGUUGACGGUGGUGGUCGCACUCCGCCGUGCCCCAUGGCCACCCCCACGCCCGUGGCUACCCACUCGAUUGUCGACCCAUCGGACCCCCACGCGACCAUUCGAAAGCUGCUUAAGCACAUCGAACAGUUGGAGGCCAGCGUGGACAUGUAUAAAGCGGCGGCGUCCGACUCGGCCGUGACCUCUCUCGUAGACGAAAUCACCCGCCUGCGCAUCGAAAACAACAACAUUCCCAUCCUGCAAGCUGAGAUCCACCAGCUCAAAGCCACCAUCCGCCACGCCCCCCCCAACUAUGACGACGACGACAAUCAACAGCCUGGAACUAUCAACGAUUCGUCCAAGUCAGUCAAGGCUUUGCAGGCGGAGAAUGCUGCGUUGACGAGGCAAGUGAAAAAACUCCGGACGAUGCUGGCCGCUCGUCAAGCCACCGACGACAACCAUGGCCCCAUAAAGCAGUCUAAGGAAGAGAUUUUGGACGAAGCUGCCGCCGUGGACGUGGAGCUCACGCAUUUGAUCAUGCAGAAUGAAAUCUCCCUUCAAGUCAUGCGUCAGACGAUUCAAAAGACCAAAUUGGACAUGCAACAGGACCGCGUGGCGCGAUUGACGGGGCAGCAGCGUCCCAGCACGAGCGCGGGCGUGCUGCAGACCUUUGCCGGUCCUCGGCAGUCGUCGGUUCCGUCCUCCGUCAGUUCGUCGGCAGGGCGGCGGCAGCUGCACACGUCCGCGGGCCCCCGUCCGCGUUCCAAAGGCGCUGGUUGUCGCGUGUCCAGCAAGAAGACGCCGCCCGUGCCUGAAGACUCCCCCACUGACCAAGUCAACAACAAUACUGGGUGCCCAGACCUGCUGGUGCUGCACUCGUAGUCUAUAAAUAUAUAUCACACAUAUAGGUCCUGAAAUGCCG